GUCAGCAGUGACUUGGAAUACCUGGUUCUCGCUACAGAUGGUCUUUGGGAUGUCGUGCAAAAUGAGAUUUGGAGUACGUGCAUUCAGGCUUAAAUGUGCAAAUGCACACUGCUGGAGCGCCCUUCAGCAACGAGGAGGCCCAUCGCGACACAGCCGCCGCCUGCGUCGGUUCUCCCCAGCGCGACAUGGACGCCGCCGGCGUCGGUUCUCCCCAGCACAGCCACUCUGAAGACGGAAAGGUCCACUGUAGCUGUUGUUUGUUCCGUUUGUUGAGGCUUGGUCGGCCUGCUGCUACCGUUUCAGGAGGUUGCAAGACCAGUUCUUUGGUUGUCCUUUUAAUCAAAACUUAUGUUGUUAUGUUUGGAGGCGAGUCUGCAUUGGUCUCAUCCUGAUGGAAUUCAUUAAGAUCAUAUCAUGGUGGGAAUGUUAAGAGCGGGGACCUUAUAUUUAGAAACAGCAAGGUGCUAUUUUGUUUGUCAGUGAUAGGCCUCGUGGAGUUGCAGUUGGUAUGUUGGAUUCAUGUUUGCUGCCUUCGCUCUGUAUGGAAAUAUUAUAGGAUAUAAUGGGAAUAAUAUAGUUGACAAAUAAGAUGCCACCGUUGAUGCUCUCCAGCAGUAGCUAUGCAGCUUUCUCCUGGGACCAUCGUCAUAAACCAAUCAACUCUUUGAGAAUGGAUGGUGAAGAACCAGAUGUCUUUUGCCUCAAAGUAACUUAAAAACCAAGCUAUCAGAGCUAGCUAAAGGAGAAGACAACAUCAAGAAGGCCAUGGCUGAGGCAAAACUGUGAACAAGAAGCGGGCAAGAUGUGUUGAUGCAAGAUAUCUUUUGCUAUAUCGUGCAUCAUGAUCGUAUGACCCACUCUAUGCAUAUGAACCACUAUAUUGGAUAUUCUUACAUUUUAUUGAAUCAUAUCCUUCCUUGAGAAUUGUGUCUUAGGGUUUUGCUCUCAUGCUCCUGCUGUUGUACUAAACUUAAUGUCAGCUAAUGUCCUUUGCCACCCCGCACUGUUGUACUAAACUUAAUGGCAGCUAAUGUCCUUCGGGCACCCCGCAUCAAGGUGUGUUGCCUAUUUUUUGUGGUCUUCUGAACACCCUGAACUUGAUAUUACCUUAUAAUCUCUUGCCGAUAUUGAGCAUCA